AUGAAUUCCAUAUUCUUCGCUUUACUCGUUAUCCUUUGUGCCAUUCAUAGUACUUACGCUGGGCCUUUGGCGUAUGCAGCUUGCCAAACUGCCUGUAAUCGUGGAUGGGUCUCUUGUUACAGCUCUGCCGAUUUAGUUGCUGGUGCUACCGGAGAUUUGGCUGCACUACCCGCAGCUGUAGCUUGUAAUGUCGCUCAAGGUGUCUGUAUGGCAAGUUGCGUAGCUUUAUUAACUGCACCAUCUCCUUAA